UUGACCUACGUAUCGCAGUAAUACAUGAAUGGGUGUGUCUGGGAUCUCUUGGCAAACCCCGCCGGAAGGGAGGGGGCCUGUCUGUCGGUCUAUCUGUCUGACGUCGGCUGCGGGAGACCGGUGUUUGAGAUGUGAUCGAGCCAACUAGGAAGGGCGACUAUACCUUUAAGUGAAAGAAAGCGAAACAAGGAGCAAUCAGCGGGAUCGCUGGGUCGCGAAGCUAAUUGACUGGACGCACAGGGCAUUUCGAUAUGAUAUUUGUCAAACUCAUUCUCAUGUUUUGCUGCCUACGAGACAUUACAGGUCAGUUUGGGAACCCCUUGGACAAAUAUAUUCGCCAUUAUGAGGGUUUAUCAUAUGACACAGAAGCCCUGCACAACAGUCACCAGAGAGCCAAGAGGGCACUCUCUCCCCAAGACAAGACUGUGCACCUGGACAUCCAGGCACAUGGAAGACAUUUUAACUUGCGGAUGAAGAGGGAUACAACUCUAUUUUCCCCAGAUCUCAUCAUUGAGGUUUCAGGCGAGGAGGCACCCAUUGAUACAUCACAUAUUUACAGUGGAGAAAUCUUUGGUGAAAAGGGCACACUGACCCAUGGCUCUGUGGUCGAUGGGCGCUUUGAGGGCUUCAUUAAAACCCACCAAGGGACGUACUAUGUCGAACCCUCCGAGAGGUACCUAAAGAACAAGGAUGUGCCAUUCCACUCCAUCAUCUAUCAUGAGGACGACAUCACCCACCACACACGGUUCGAAAGAGAUCCACGAUGGCAGUGUAAGCCCUUCACAACCAUUCUCUUAAAUCCUCCCUAUCUGCCAGAUUAUCCUCAUAAGUAUGGCUCAGAGGGCGGCUGCGCUGACCACUCAGUGCUGGAGAGGAUGAGGAAGUACCAGGCAACCGCAGUAGAAGACCCAGUGAAAGAUGUGAACAGUGUGUCGAGGGAGGAGGAGAGCUCCCAUGGUCCUGUUAUUCUGAGGAGAAAGAGAGCAGCGGCGAAAGAGAAAAACACUUGCCAGCUCUUCAUCCAGACUGACCACCUCUUCUACAAUUACUAUGGCACCAGAGAGGCAGUCAUUGCCCAGAUAUCCAGCCAUGUAAAGGCUAUUGACUCGAUUUACCAGGCCACUGACUUCCUGGGUAUUCGAAACAUCAGCUUCAUGGUUAAAAGGAUCAGGAUAAACACCACCAACGAUGAAAAAGACUCAACUAACCCUUUUCGUUUUGCCAAUAUCGGAGUGGAGAAGUUUUUGGAGCUUAACUCUGAGCAGAACCACGAUGACUACUGCCUCGCCUAUGUCUUCUCUGACAGGGACUUUGAUGAUGGGGUGCUUGGCUUGGCUUGGGUUGGGGCUCCUUCAGGAAGCUCUGGGGGCAUUUGUGAGAAGAGCAAACUGUACUCUGAUGGGAAGAGAAAGUCUCUGAACACUGGUAUCAUCACUGUGCAGAACUACGCCUCCCAUGUCCCUCCCAAGGUGUCCCACAUUACUUUUGCUCAUGAGGUCGGGCACAACUUUGGCUCUCCUCAUGACUCUGGGAUUGAAUGCACCCCUGGAGAGUCUAAGUUGCAGGACAAAAAGGAGCAGGGCAACUACAUCAUGUACGCAAGAGCCACAUCAGGGGACAAGCUCAACAAUAACAAGUUCUCUAUCUGCAGCGUCCGAAAUAUUAGCGCUGUUCUAACGAAGAAGAGAAAUGACUGUUUUGUUGAGUCUGGCCAGCCUAUCUGUGGUAAUGGACUAGUGGAAGAUGGAGAAGAGUGUGACUGCGGCUACAGUGAUCAGUGUAAAGACCCCUGCUGCUUUAACGCCAAUGAAGGGGAGGGCCAAAAGUGCAAGCUCCAACCUGGCAAAAUCUGCAGUCCCAGCCAAGGCCCAUGUUGCACGCCAGAGUGUAUUUACAAGAACACGAAUGACGAUUGCAGAGAGGAGUCCGAGUGCGCCCAUGAUGGCAGGUGUAAUGGAGCUACUGCUCAAUGUCCUACCUCAGAACCAAAGGCAAACUUCACGUCUUGCCAUGCCGAAACACAAGUCUGCAUGAAUGGGGUAUGCUCUGGUUCCAUAUGUGAAAAGUAUGGUCUGGAGGUAUGCACCUGUGCCAGCGAAGACGGCAAGGAUGAGGCAGCUGAGCUGUGUCACGUAUGCUGUAUGGAUAAAAUGAAUCCCAGCACCUGUAGUAGUACAGGCUCAGAGAAAUGGACCCAAUUCUUCAACAAGAAGACAACAACGCUGCAGCCCGGCUCCCCCUGCAAUGACUUUAAGGGCUACUGUGAUGUGUUCAUGAGGUGUCGUCUGGUGGACGCCGACGGGCCUCUGGCAAGGCUGAAGAAAGCCAUCUUCAAUGCAGAGCUGUAUGAAAAUAUUGCAGAGUGGAUAGUGGCUCACUGGUGGGCAGUGCUGUUGAUGGGCAUUGCUCUUAUUAUGCUAAUGGCUGGCUUCAUCAAAAUCUGCAGCGUCCACACCCCCAGCAGCAACCCCAAACUACCACCACCAAAGCCACUGCCAGGUACACUGAGGAGGAAAAGGCAGCAGCACGCAAACCAACAGGCACAGGGCCAGCGCCACCAACGUCAGCACAGAGAGAACUAUCAAAUGGGACAGCUGAGACGCUGAGGCUGGUCUGCUCUUUGCCUUGUUUCUUGCUUGUGCCUACAAUAUGAGCACUUCAGUCCAAAGAGUUACCUUUACCACCUAUUGCAAAAUUCAAAGAACUUGCAACUGGAUAAAUUUCACUGGACAAAGCCCAACUGUUUGGUUGGGCCUAGCAAACUCACUCACUUUUUAUAGGAAGUAAAUAAAUACCUUUUCUCAAGGAACGACAGGAGGAGAAAUUCACUGAUCUCUGUUAUGUGGUCUUAAUCUUUGAAUGCUUUUUGUUUUUUUACCAGAACAGCUUUGUACUAGAGUUGCCCUCCACAGUCCUUAAUCUGUGCCACCUUUUUCUUUUCCUGUUCUUCCUCUCAGCCAAGUGCUGCCAUCCUCAGCACGAUGGCAGGACUGCAAGUCACAUUGGUAUUUACCAAAAACAGCAUUGAGAUGUUCCAUUUCUUUUCUUUAAUUACAUUGUUAAUCAAACCACCAUCAAAAGCUUUUUAUUUUUAAAGUAUAAAUAUUCCUUCAGUGUGCAAUCCAUCAGGUGUGCCAGUAGUUUUCUUUUCUUUCUUUCAAAUGAAAUUGAUUUUCAAAGAUUAUUUACUGUUUUAAUUCACUUUCUCAGGAUUACUACAACAGCAAACAAGUGUAUUAAGUGGAAAAGAUGACUGCAUGUUUAUUUCAGCCCCUCUUAGCUGAAGCCUGGUUCAUGUUGGCGACAGGUUCUAUGAAAAUAAUUUAGAUAAAAGAGUUUAAUGAAAUGAUCAGGUCAUCUGUGAUCAGAUGAAGGGGAGAUGGAUUAUCUGGAUGUACAUAUGUAUUAUAUGGAUUUGCAGCUGCGUUUACAUAAAUAUAUCGUCUUUGUACUGCAGAGUAUGUCUUUACAUUCAGAGCGAUGAUGCAACCAAGAUGGAGAAUGUGGUGAAACUUAACCCUGAGGACAAAAAAGCCUGCGUACAUAAGAAGUUAUUACAGAAAAGAAGUGUCCCAUUGGGAUUGUCCUGCGCACAUUUUCGCUUGUUGUGUUCUGUCCACUUUUUUAAUUUCAUACACUGUUGUGUAAGAAAUGACAAAAUCUGUUAAAACCACUUAAGAACAGUUGGAUCCUCUCAACCUCUGUAUCCAGAUGAGCAACCUUUCUGGUUUAAAUGUGAUUUUGCUUUUAUUGAUUUCACUUGCAGUUCAGAUUAUUUGUAUAUGUGGAGGAAUUGAAUCAAUUGAGGAAAACUAGAGCUUCUGAUUUUAUAUUUGCUUUGUUGCUUCUGUUAACGGACAUUUACCAGAGUGAACAAUCACUAUUCGUCAGCCAUCCACCGCUGUUCUGUCCUUUCCUUUCCUAAUGAUCUGGGUUUUCUCAAUGAACUUUGUUUCCCUUGUUACACCCUCUUGGUUUGUGUAAUUGCAGUAAAGUGUGCCUACUCUGAGAAGUUUGACUGAGGUUGGUGUCCUAGUGUCAGAGCCCUGCAUGAGCUGGCAGUUAAUCCGAGCACUGUUAUCAGUCUGGACUACAAUGAAUGAUAAUCAUCGGAACUAAGUGACGAUUGAUAUAUACCAACACAUGAAAAUCAAAUGUUACAAAAACACAUUUUCAUAUUAUACUUCAGUAUUUAUCUCCAAUUUCUAGAGACCAUAAUUAUUAUUUACUUUGUAUAAUAUUUUAAUAUUCCCAAACUCUAAUUUGGCUUAAUUUGAGUUUUCAGUCUCCAACUUGGGUCAACUUCACUGACCGAUAGAUGAGAGGGCAGAAGAUGCCAGUUGAGUUACUCGCAGACUAUAACAUGAUGUAUAUCUAUAGUUUUUAGGAGGGAACAACUUGGUGGAGCAAAGACAGACGUAUCUUUUUUUUGGUUUACUUUUUUCAAAAGUGUUGUAUGGAGCACAGCUUCAGCUCAGCUUGUGUUCUUUGCAAGAUGGGAGGAUGUUGUGUUAUUGAUCAGAUAUAUUCUAUGCAGAGUAUCACAGAGCUCAACAGCUAAGAACUUAGCCUCUUUACAAUGAAAAUGCCUUCAAUGUUUUCCCCUAAAUGGGCACAUAGAAUAUUCUGUUGUGUUUUCAUAACAAACUAGUUACUCAUGUCAUGUGCUGCAGCAACGUUUGUGAACAAACACAAAUACAAUCCUCUGUUGCUUCUUUUACUGAUUUUGUUUGUCUUUCUGGUGCUACUGGCAGUGCUUUUUCUUAGGUCGGAGCUUAAACUGUAUUUGUUAUUAUCUUUGACACAUUUCAAUGGUCUGUGUGUGUGUGUGUGUGUGUGUGUGUGCGUGUGUGCGUGCGUGCGUGUGAGAGACUGAGCUUCUUUGCUGAAUCAUCCUCAUCCAUUUUAUUGACAUGGUGAGAUAUGGACAAUACUGGGUGUUAGGGUAUAAUACUCUGGGAUUUAUUUUCUGUUUUACAUGUGUUGCUGUGAUGUUGAGAAAAUGUGCACUGAAGUGUAAGUGGUGUAAACGAAUAAUCCAAAAUGGUAUAGAUUCAGUACUACUGUCUGAUUUUAAUGUCUCCUGUGUCUUAUACAGUGUCUUUGCUGGUCUUUUAGUUUUUCUUUACAUUUGUUGGUCUGUUUCCCAUUCUGCUUACUUUGAACAUUGUACUUAAUUUGCAAAGUUAUUGUGCAAAAAUGUAAUUUCUUUUGAAUUACUGGAAAUGCAUUAAUAAACAAGAGUUGAUCAAA